AUAGGUUUUUUUUAUAUAUAUUAAUACAGAAUAUUCGAUAAAGUAUAUGAUACGGUAAAUUUGUAAUUGUUUUUUUGUUGUUGGAAAGAUGGAAGAUCUAAACAAUGCACCUCUACCAGCAAAAGUUUCUUUUAUAAAAUGUAUAGUAACGGUUGCUUGAUUACAGAUGUUUUAAAUCAAAGUGAAAUAUUCAUAAAUUUUCUACGAAAUGAAUAAUUCUGAUUUAAAUUUUAUUUACACCAAGCCCACAAGCCAUUCGUACAAUGACGGUCAUACCCGUAAUUGAUUUGGCGCCAUAUUCAUUGUCUGUACAUGCGGACCACGUGGACUCCAAAGUUCUUCAGGAGAUCGCAGACGAACUUUGUAAGGCGUUUACGACGGUCGGAUUCGUGUAUCUGAAAAACCAUGGAAUACCACAAAACAUUGUAGAAGAGGUCUUUACCACAUCAAAAACUUUCUUUGAGAAACCAGUGGAAGUAAAACAGGAAUACACUCGACCAGUCGAUGCGAAUCACGGAUGGGUGUCUUUGGAAAGAGAAAAGUUAAAUCCAGAGCGGCCAGCCGCUGAUUUGAAAGAAGCGUACAAUAUGACUGUAGUUGAUGACCAACAUUUGAUGCCCGUAGACAUUAUUCCAAACUUCUACGAUGUAUUCAAGUCUUUGUUCACCAGUGCUCAGGAAUUAGGAAACAGAGUCCUGGAUUUAAUGUCGAUUGGUCUUAACAUUGAUCGAAGUUUCCUCCGAGACUGUCACAAGAAUGUUGGCAAAAAGGACAACCAAACCACAUUACGGUCUUUGUACUAUCCACGAAUAUCAAAAGAGGUCAAGCCAGGACAGGUGCGUUGUGGGGAACACUCGGACUACGGGUCCAUUACGUUACUGUUCCAAGACGAUGUCGGGGGACUGGAGGUAAAACCUGUUGGGGCGGACUAUAUACCAGCCACUCCUAUCCCCGGUACAGUGCUGGUUAACCUCGGCGACCUGAUGCAGCGAUGGACGGCAGAUAAACUGGUGGCCACGAAACACCGCGUACUAAUUCCCGAGGAAGAAGUGAUGCUGAGUAAGGGGAGACAAUCCAUCGCGUUCUUCAUUCAUCCUGAUGAUGACGUCAUCAUUAAGUGUUUGGACGGUUCUGGGAAGUAUGAGGAAAUCUCCAGCAUCGAUUAUCUCAACAUGCGCUUUGCUGUUACAACCACUGUCGAGACUCUUGCAAAAGCUUUACCGUACAAGUGUUCAAAUCAUGCAACUACAAGUAGUGAUUGUCCAACGGAUUGGUUUACCUCUAGUAAUGUAUGCUAUAAGUUUGUGUUCGAUCCCAAAGCAAGCUACGAGAAGGCGAGGGAACAGUGCUCGGUGUUAGGUACAAGUUUGUUGUCUGUGCAAUCAAGAGAUGAAAAUAACUUUAUUGAUGGGUGGCUCCGAAACAAUGAUUAUUUCAGAAACACGUGGUUAACCACCGGUCAGCGGAGCCGGGAGAAUCCCUCCAUGUACGCGUGGGACGGAGACUUUGCCAACGACAACAGGAUCCCCCAGGACAUGCAGUUCUGGCUGCCCAACGACCAGACCCACCUCUCCCCCACGGCCAGGCAGGAGGACGUUAUUGUGUACAAGUUUGACGGUGUGUCAUAUGGUUGGACGAUUGGCAGCAAGCUAGAUGAAAUGUCCUAUAUUUGCGAAAUCAGCCAGACCGAGGCUUAUAAACUCACCCUGGAUAAGAGGGGAUAUGAUUAUGGCAUUCCUUAUACUCAACUAGACAAGGUAAAAAAGGGGCCAAAGUUUGAGCUGCAACCCGUGGACUUGGCCGUCAUUAGUAGGGCAUUGUUCGUUACCAUAGAAACAGUUGCUGUUGGAUACCCACAGCCAAGUUAUGAAUGGAAAAGAUUCAGAGGUUCCAAUACCACUAUUAAUUCUUUGGCUAACGCAGAAACUAUAACCUCGACGUUGAAUUCCCGCUACACGCUGACCAAUGGUAAAUUUACCAUAGAGAAUCCGGACGAGAAUAUGGAUGCCGGGGUCUAUCAGUGUCUGGUGAAGAAUGAAAUUGGGGCCAUUCUCAGCAACCCUAUCAAAAUCUCGUUUGGCUUUUUAGGAGAGUUUUCCAACGUAAAGGAUGCUGACGUGAAUGCCCCGGAAUACGAGGGAGCCGUGAUGCAGUGCAGUAACAUUGCUUAUAAACCAGCUGUGGUGUAUAACUGGAUGAGAGAUAUGAAAGGAGAGCCCAGACCCAUCAUCAAGACGAUGACCCCCUAUGUGUUCAUGUCCUACAAUGGCAACCUGUACUUCUCUGAGGUGGGCAAGGUGGACGACAACAACUACUACUGCCAGGUCUCCCUGACCAGUCUAACUACCCGAAACGUGGGGGACAUUCAGUCCGGAAGUAAAACCAGUCUUCCCAUCAAACUGAACGUGCUGGCCCAAGCUCCUAAAACAGAAUGGGGUCCAGACAUUCAAGACGAUUUCAUCAAUGUGUUCCCCAAACCCCCAUUGAAGGGACAUAAUGUCAGAAUGGAAUGUUUUGCUUACGGAUCAGCCAACAACUACGUAGAAAUGUGGCGGUACACAUGGACCAGAGAGGGGAGACCUAUGCCGGAAAACGCCGAGAUGGCCGACUUUAAUCGAGUUCUGCUCAUUAAAAACGCCCAAUUAGAGGACCAGGGAAAUUACGUAUGUCAUGUUAAGCGCGGGAACAAAGCCAGGGACAGUAAAAUGAUCGCCCUCAGACUAGAAGCUGUGCCGUACUUUAUCAUUCCCCUGGAAGACCAGCACGUGGACAAGGGUUCCCAGCUGACCUGGAGGUGUGAGGCCAUGGGUUACCCACAGCCUGUCUACACGUGGUUUAAAAAUGGGGAGAUUCUUCAAGAGAACGUCAACUCUGAUUUAGUCAUAACCGGCAACAUACUUACAAUUCCUAACUUGGCCGAGAAACAUAACGGAAUGUAUCAGUGCGCAGCAACCAAUGUUCAUGGCACCGCCAUGUCUGCAGGGCAACUCAGAGUUCUAUAUUUUUCGCCUACUCUCCAAAAAUACCCUGUACAGUCUCACAUGGUGGGUGCCUUGAAUGGCGAGAUAAUCAUCAUGUGUAAGCCAGAGGCGGCCCCCGCCCCCACGAUCACGUGGACAAAAAACAGCAUCAGCAUUAGCCCGGAUGGCAACAGGAUCAAACUGAUGCCUAACGGGAACCUGCAAAUCAAGGACCUGACGUACGGAGACGCGGGCUUCUACACAUGUAUAGCAGACAACGGGAUUCCGCCUGCUGCCAAGAGCACCGGACAACUAGUUAUUCAAUCCGCCACCGUCAUCACCAUUCCCCCGUACACGGACCCCGUGGUGGUGAACCGGACCACGUUCAUCCCGUGCAAGGCCUCCUAUGACAUCAACCUUGACCUGGUCUACAUGUGGACAUUCAAUGGGAAACUGAUCGACUUUGAAAAAGAAUUCCACUACAGAUUAGACACCAACCCAUCCCAUUCAGGGCUAAACAUCAUCAUGACGCAGUUUAAGCAUGCGGGAGUCUACGAAUGCAUUGCCAAGACGACCCUUAACCAAGAAGCUAAAUCCACCCCUCUGGUAGUCUACGGACCCCCCGGAGAGCCCGCCGGUGUAGUGGGGGUAGACGGGUCAGCGACCCACAACUCCAUCCUACUGGCCUUCUUCCCGGGAGCUGAACAUGGCAGUCGGGUCUCCCACUUCAUUGUAGAAAGAGAGAUAGAAUACGAACCAGGCUGGAAACUCAUUUCCCAAAACUACCCCGAACCUUUUACCGUCGUACAGGGGACCGGUGGUCAAAAUAAGGACAUGAGACAGAUCAAAAUCGAGGAAGACCUGCACCCUGGAAAUGGGUACAGAUUUAGAAUUGCCGGAGUCAACCAAUAUGGCGUCGGUACUUGGAGCGUACCAUCACCGUUCAUUGAGACAAAACCGGCAGCACCUGACGUGGCAGUAGACUCUGAGUACAUCGUAGGGGGUAACGGCAGCGUGGGGGACCUCAGCAUCUUGUGGAAUAGAAUGGACCAAGAAUUUCACGGAGCUCCUGGAUUUGGCUACAUUGUGUACUGGAGACGGUACAAACCAAGCAGUGUGUAUGACGCUUUGUGGCGCAAGGAGGGACCGUUCGAAGACUGGACCAAGGACAGACUGACCGUGCAGGUCGGGGAGGAAAACUACUAUCUCGAGUACGAAAUCAAAAUCCAGGUCUACAACGUCAUGGGGAAGGGGCCAAAUUCUACAGAGGCCGUGGUGUAUUCGGCGGAGGGAAUGCCAAUAGCUGCUCCACAAGGACUAUAUUGUGAUGCCCACAACUCGACAGCUAUGUUGGUCACUUGGGAGCUUGUGGCCGACACGCGGGAAACUAUGAAGGGAAAAGUUUGGGGCUAUCAGGUAAAUUACUGGCUGGACGGUGACGAUGAGCCGGUAUAUAAGCAGUAUAUCCGAUAUGAGGGCCAGGUCUCGGAAGGCAUUGUCAUAGGGCUGUUCCCGGAUACAAACUUCUGGUUCGAGGUCCAGGUAUUCAACACAGCUGGCCUGGGACCACUCAGUGAAAAGUUUAUUCAGGAAACGCUGCACGAAGUCCCAAAGCUUUACCCCCAGGAAGUGUAUGUCCACUCAUUGAGUUCCUCUAGUGUAAGAGUCACGUGGCGAGGUAUCAGCACGAGCCGUGAGGAGGAAACACUGUCAGGAUACAUGGUUUAUUUUUGGAAGGCUAACGACCACUUCAGAAAUGCAGAACAGUUUGAAACAGCGAAAUUUGCCAUUAGCCACGACUUGUAUGGAAUCCAGAAGGGAGUAGUUUAUGCGGUGAGGGUUGCAGGCUACAGCGAUGGUGGGGAGGGCCGAAAAUCUCCCACAGUGUACUUUACAUUAGGAGGGAUGAUCCGACUGGACAACACUACCACCGGACUGAGUUACGAGGGGAUCGACGAUUCCGGGAACCAGCACACGCAGUCCCUCGCCAUCGUGUUGUGCGUGACUCUAUUCGCCAUUUUGACCAGAUUCAGAAAAGGCCAGGUUUCCAGAAUUAUUAAAGUCAGUACCAAAGAACUUCUCCUUUGUGAAUCCAAAAAAAUAGACAACCUGGAUCGAGAAGCGUCCUCCGCUCCGGAGCACUCCGGAAGGAUUUCCAUCUCUGGUAGGGUGCCCACACCCCCUCCACCAGAGAUGACAUGUCCUGUCGCAGAGAACUGGUGUUAUACACAGGUGAAAGUGGUGAAGUUUUCUUACAUAUGGACAAUCAAUAACUUUAGUUUCUGCAGAGAAGAAAUGGGAGAAGUGUUAAAAAGCUCGACUUUUUCAGCAGGCGCAAAUGACAAACUAAAAUGGUGUUUACGUGUGAAUCCCAAAGGAUUAGAUGAAGAAAGCAAAGACUAUUUAUCUCUGUAUUUAUUACUAGUGUCAUGUAACAAAAGUGAAGUGAGAGCCAAGUUCAAAUUUUCAAUACUUAAUGCCAAAAGAGAAGAAACAAAAGCAAUGGAGAGCCAGAGAGCUUACAGAUUUGUUCAAGGAAAAGACUGGGGAUUUAAAAAGUUCAUACGCCGGGACUUCUUAAUGGAUGAAGCAAACGGUCUCUUACCCGAUGACAAACUAACAAUAUUUUGUGAGGUGUCAGUAGUCGGGGACACAGUCAAUGUAUCUGGUCAGUCUAAUUGUACCCCAGUUAAAGUACCGGAAUGUAAGCUCAGUGAUGACCUGGGUGUCCUAUUUGAAAGGUCCUCAUUUAGUGAUGUAACGCUGUGCCUAGGAGGAAGACAGUUCUCAGCACACAAAGCAGUGUUAGCAGCACGAUCUCCAGUGUUCAAUGCAAUGUUUGAACAUGAAAUGGAGGAAAGCAAAAAAAACCGUGUUGAUAUAACAGACGUUGAUCAUGAAGUCAUGAGAGAAAUGCUCCGUUUUAUAUACACAGGACGAGCUCCCAACUUAGACAGACUGGCAGAUGAUUUAUUAGCGGCAGCAGACAAGUAUGCUCUAGACAGAUUAAAAGUGAUGUGUGAAGAAGCGUUAUGUUCCAGUCUCUGGAUAGAAAACGCGUGCGAGGUGCUAGUCCUAGCAGAUUUACACAGUGCAGACCAGUUAAAAACACAUGCCAUUGAUUUCAUCAAUAGUCACGCCACAGAUGUAAUGGAAACUCCAGGUUGGAAGACUCUGAUACAGAAUCACCCUCAUCUCAUUGCCGAUGCAUUUCGUGCCCUAGCCAGUCAACAAAGUCCACCCCUAGGACCCCAACGCAAACGCCAGAAAACAUCAUAGUCAAAGAUUCACUCCCUACCUACAACAAUUGUGACACAGAAAAGUAGAAAAUCAGAUCUGUUGUGCACACCAUUAAUGGAACUGUGGAAAAAAAAAACUUGUGAAAGACUUUUCUACUGUUCCAAACAACCAAUUUGUGUAGAUGUUAGUGCUAGUAAAAGAAAUUGAGUGGUCUUUUCUGUGAUACUGAAAGGAAGGAGAAAAAGCCUCUUUUCCCACUCUUUGAACUGCUAGGUUGUGUGGCAGUCUUCAUAUUUGCAAGCCAUUUACAAUGUGAAACAAAUUUGCAACUUUGGGACAAAGGGAACCUCCAUUUUUUUCUUUUUUAGCAAUCUGUGUAUAGUAAGACGCUAUAUAAUAUUGGCAUGAAAGGGUCAGUUUAAGCCUCGGUAUAGUAAUUUAUUGCAUGUAUCUCAAAUGUUUUGUCUUGUAAUCAAAUUCUUGUUAAAUUAGUUAUUACAGUGGCAUGCAAGAUUGGUUUUUGUACUUUUCUUUUAGGUUUCAAAGUCUCUCAUUUUAUUGUAUACACCAAUAGAUGAAUAACGGUAUUUGAAAUUUAUUGUGAAAAUGCUUUCUUCUUUUAAAUUUUUUGGCAUACUUUUUAUACUGUGCAAGUGAUUGUAUUUCUUUAAGAAAAAUUAGUGUGAAUUCUUUAUACAUGUAUAUUUCCAUUUGUUUCAUUUGAAACAUUUAUUUAACGUAAUAAAUGACAUUUUUAUAUGUCCAAUGCUUUUA